ACAACUAAAUUAUUAGAACGUGAACGAAACAAUGAUGAUAAUUUAAAUAAUUUAAUUACAAUGAGUGAAAAUAUGUCGAAAAGCUAUGAGAUUGAUCCUGAUAAGGAAUUCAAUUAUAAACACCGUCAACGAAGACCGCCAAAAAGAAUUGACGAAAAUCCACAAACAGCUCAUAAAUUUACAAGCAGUACACUGACGGUAUUGUCGUCCCAGUUGGCCGCUGCCAGAUCCAGUCUGUCAUCGUUGUUGAAAUCACCUGAUAUUACAGAAGAUGGAUACCUACCAACUGCAUAG